AUGACGACGCCGCGUACUCCACCCAGGGACCAAACCCCUGAACGCUUACUAAUCUCAGGCGAAGAAAACGCCCAAAAUUCAAUCAACCCGCAAGAUCGCAGUACUCCGGAGAACAGGCGUAGACGAAGGGUGACCUUCCAAACAGACCACUCCGAAGACGAACACGACACGCAAGAUUCAAUAGAAACGCGAGUAACAAACAGACAGGACGAAGUCCUAGAUCGAUUGAUAGCAGCCAUUACCGGUCUACAAGAUAGAAUGGACCAGCUGGAAUUUACAAAUAAUCACGGAACAGGAAAUGUUCGAUCCGUCCGACACGACAAUAGAAUAAUACGGGAUUCCGGCCAACAUACAGAUAAUUCGCUAACACACGUAUCCCGCGAACCCGGAGGAUCCCUUCACUAUCUGACCUUAAAAGAAGCACGUAACAUGAUCCCCGAGAUGGACGGCACCUCGCGAGAUCGCGUGCAGGAAUUUAUACAAGCAAGUGAUUACGCCAUGCGGCAUACUCAACCCUCGGAUGCAUCCACUCUACUAGACGCCGUGUUAUGCACCAAACUUAAGGGAAAGGCGAUGAAAACUUUCAAAAACAGGGAAAUCACUAGCUAUGAGCAACUAAAGGACGAAUUAGAGACGGAAUAUCUAAGCCGCAGAAGCACCGCACACUUACAGCUCGAAUUCAAUUCGUUGAAGCAAAAACCAACGGAAACCGCGCAAGCAUUCGGGCGCAGAGUAGAGGACAUAGCCAUAGAACUUUACGACUCCAUGGAAGAAGGAAAAAAUCAUAAUUCCAUUCAGCAACAAGCCAUCCUAGAGCACGUCAGAGAUCAGGCCCUAGCGAAUUAUCAAAUCGGAUUGCGGGAAGAAAUAAAGACAUUAGUGCGCUCGCAGCACUUCCGAACGCUUCAAGAGGUCAUUGCCGGAGCAAGUUCCGAAGAAAAAAUAAAAGGCCUAAACGACCGACACCGCGCGUAUCAACGCGACAAGAAAACGGACUCAAAUUAUUACUCCCCGCGAAAUUUGAGAAACCCCACACCCCAAUGCGGUAAAUGUGGAAAAACGGGCCACAUCGGUCAAAAUUGUCGGACAAGCCGAUACGCGAAUAAAUUUUCCUUGCCUCGUGCCGAAAAGCGAGCAGGAAUUAAUAUCGUCGAGAAAUUUUGUACGUAUUGCAAAAAGGCGGGACAUAAUCGCGAAGAGUGCUGGACACUUAACGGGCGACCCGACAAAAAUACGCGACCACGCGCAAAACGUGAAAUGGAGAACAAAACGAAGCGAGUAAACUCCGCCGUAAAGGUGAGAAAUCAAAGGAGCAAGCGAAACAGCGACAGCGAGGAAGCAUCGUCUACUAGCAGCGAGGACGAAGAAAAAAAUAACACAAGUACUAAACAGGAACGGUGA